AUGUGGAAGAAGGUUCAAGUUCACAAGGUGGCUUCAAGAAGUGCAGUCAGUUCCUCUUCAGGCACUUCAAGGCACGAAGCUUCGGCCACGUCGGCCACCGACACCGCUGCCACCGGCGCCACCGGACCGGGCGCGUCGUGGACCGCGUCGACCACGGCGCGGUCGGGCGCGGGGUCCGCGGGCCACGGCGGCGGCUGGGCGGCGAGGCGGUGGGCUGCGGUGAAAGGUGAAGCUGAGAACGUGGCGGAUCAACCAAAUCUGGAGGCUGUGAUGGUUCAACGAAGCUUGCGAAAGCACAUGAUCAGGAGUCUUCGGUUCGAGGCCGAAGACCGUGAAGAGCGAAGGAGAAGCUUCGAAAGGUCUGGAAGACUGAGCGCACUCGAGCGGGAAUUCGUCACAGGUAUGACCUUGACGGAGGUCAACGCUGAAGAACUUGCCAACAAGCGGCCGAGCUCUCGCCCAGCGCGAUUCGACAGGCCAGCACCUCCAUCAAGGCCCCACACGGUGGGCGAGUUUGCGCCGUUGCCAGUGCCAAAAGCCUUCUUCGACGAUGACGAGCUGACAGAGGGUGCAUUAUGGAGUGUGCUUGAUCGAUAA